GACGGUAGCCGCCGAUCAUAAUUGUGCUGCUGCAUAGCUCUCCAACUUCAAGGAUUGAGCAGGCCGUCGGUAAAAGUGAAUGAAAGUGUGCAACUAUACGCGGGCGGGAAGCAUUAGAGCAUCAAAGUGCAUGUGUUUAUCAGGAGCAAUCAGUGCGUAAAGUGAUCGAGUGCUUGGGAAGAAGAGUGCGUCGAAGCAUCAGCUGUUCUCUGCAAACAGCAACAUAAUUACAUUGCCCCCAUAUCUCGCCCUUCGGAGCGUCCAAUUGACGCCAGUUUUCAGUCGAGAUGGCUGUGUUUAUGCCUAAAUAUCGGUUGUUCACCAGGGCGGUCGCCUUCAAACCGAACCCCCGGCAGUGGUCCACGCGAUGGGCAAUUUAUGGUAGCCGACAACUUACUUCAGCAUCCACCAACCACCAUCAGCAGCAGCAGCAACAGCAUCAGCAGCAUCAGCAGCAGCAUCAGCAGCAACAACAAUAUCAUCAGUCGACGACAGGUAAAUCGCGUAGCAAAGUUUACAGAAAGUGGAGUUGGAAGGCGGGUGCAGGUUGGACUAUAUUAUCGGUUUUGGAUUGGUGGUUACUACUAGCCGGCGGUUGGCUAACUUGGCGCGGUGUCUUCCUUCGUUGGACCCCAAUCGGUAUCUGUAUGGUGGUGGCGGCCAAGUGGCACCUUCACAAUCGUGAACUCGAUAAGAAGGGCCUCCCGCGUACCGCUGCAAAAUGGCAGGCGAAAAUGUACUGCUCACUACCACUGCGACUCAUGAGCCGCGCAUUCGGUUGGGUGGCCGACCGGAAGGUUCCCAAACCCGCACGCCCCAUGGUGUACGGUCUAUAUUCGAACACUUUCGGCGUGAAGAUGGAAGAGGCGGCCGCAGCAGAUUUCAAAGAGUACAAGAGUUUAGGGGAGUUCUUUACCCGCCCACUUAAAGAAGACGCACGACCCAUCGACCCAAAAACCUGCUUUGUGUCUCCGUGCGACGGACGGAUACUUCAUUUUGGUGCGGCCAGCUCGAACCUCAUUGAACAGGUUAAAGGUGUAUCAUACAGUUUAGAGGCCUUCCUUGGACCACCAUCGUGGUGCAAAAAGGACGCAACGGACAUGGUGGAGAAGGUGAAGAAAAAGGCAUCUCCCGACAGUGUGCUUUAUCAGUGCGUCAUCUAUCUCGCACCGGGUGAUUACCAUCGCUUUCACUCUCCUGCACUCUGGAAACCGGAACUGCGUCGGCACUUUUCCGGCGAACUGCUUUCCGUGAGCCCCAAAAUUGCCGGUUGGAUCCCCGGACUUUUCUGUCUGAACGAGCGCGCCGUAUACAUCGGAAAGUGGAAGCAUGGGUUUUUCAGCUACACUGCAGUCGGAGCUACCAAUGUUGGAUCGGUGGAAAUUUUCAUGGACGAAAAACUGAAGACCAAUAAAUGUAAGAAGAAGAAAACCUUUGACGAGCUGGAGCUACCUAAUGACAAGUACCUGGAAAAAGGGGAGCUGGUAGGUCAGUUCCGCAUGGGAAGUACGAUCGUGCUCAUCUUCGAGGCUCCAAAAGAGUUCAAAUUCAAUUUGUUUCCCGGACAGAGAGUGAAAGUUGGGGAAAAAUUGGGCACGUUCGAGGGAAUCGAAGAGCAAGAGGAAAACCCUGAAGAGGUUAAACGUGUCAUUGAAUCUUUUUGUGAAUCGGAAGUGACAGCAUUGUGAAAGUAUUUCGAUGGGGUGCUGUCUAGACGUUCAGCGCUGGUAAUUUGAUCAGCUCCAGUGGUAGUUCUCAGGAUUGAUAUAGAGUUAGUGGACACAGUUAUUUCUUCUAGGAGCUAUAUGAAGACAAAACUUAGGAGUUAAGAGACUAAAGCGUAUAGGGGCCCAACUUCUGUCUGAUUGUAAGACAACGUAAUUGCUCAAUUGCUUGCAACAACCAAAGAAGACGGGUCUCUAAAAUAAGAUAAAAUGCCAGGGAAGAGACAGAGAAACCUGAUGGCGUAUUACAUUCAUUACGUAGUACAUAUUGUACGCACCUAAAUGGGUGGUUGAUAGUAAACCCCGACAUUUACCAUCAAUAAGGGAACCCCAACGCCAAUGAGGGCACUAUAGCAACUCAAAGCCAAAUGAAGAGGCCUCCUCUGGCCGAGCAAUUGCCUCAGUAAUGACCGACCACGGCCAGAAGACUUUUAGAUUAAGACACAAGGCAAUAGCAAAAAGAAGAUGCUAGGCGUGCAAUAAAUCAAAAUGUCGUUACCAAUCCUUUGCAUGAUUGUUAGAAACGAAUUAUUAAAGUUGCACGAUCUUGAACGGAGGACAAAAGAGUGCGUUGCAAUGGCGCUCUCUAACCGUUGCUUAGAUGUAUGUAUUCCACCAGUUUGGGUUUCAAACGAGAAACAGUUAAGCCGACGAUUCAGUACGAAAGCUACACUGUGAAUGUGGAGUAUGCAAACAGUCGAAUUUCUAAUAAAAUAUAUAUUUUUAUUGACGCCGAAGAAA